UCUUCUUUUCUUUUAGCCAGCAACGCAAAUAACAUACUCUCAUUUUCAUUUCCUCCAAGUCAAUCUUCCCACCACAUCAACAAAAAUCCACCACUACCCAUUUGCUCAAUUCAACAAAUUAUCCCAUCAGAUUGAACAACAGAACAUGGAGACUGAUAAAACUGAGAUGGGUCUUGAAAUGGAGCGUAAGAACAAAAGAAACCCAGAAGUUGAAGAGGAAGAAGAAGAAAGGCAAGCAAAAUACUAUUCGGUGGAGGAAACAUUUGAUGAACACGAAGUGCCACCAACAUGGAGAAAUCAACUGACUUUAAGGGCGUUUGUAGUGAGCUUUGUGCUGAGUAUAUUGUUCAGUUUUAUAGUGAUGAAACUGAAUCUUACCACUGGGAUUAUUCCUUCACUUAAUGUGUCUGCUGGUCUUUUGGGGUUCUUUUUCCUUAAAAUGUGGACUGCUCUUGUUUCCAAGAUUGGAUUUGUUAAUCCUCAGCCCUUUACUAGGCAGGAAAAUACUGUUAUUCAGACUUGUGUUGUUGCUUCUUCUGGAAUCGCUUUCAGUGGGGGCUUUGGGAGUUACCUCUUUGGAAUGAGUGACAUUAUUGCAAAACAAUCAGCAGAAGACAAAAUUGAUCAUAAAAAUCCAACAUUGUCUUGGAUGAUUGGCUUUCUCUUUGUAGUUAGUUUUCUGGGCCUCUUCUCGGUGGUGCCUCUCAGAAAGAUCAUGAUCAUAGACUUCAAAUUGACAUAUCCAAGUGGUACUGCAACUGCUCAUCUCAUCAACAGUUUCCACACUCCUGCGGGAGCCAAGCUAGCAAAGAAACAAGUAAAAACGUUAGGCAAAUUCUUCUCUUUCAGCUUCAUGUGGGGUUUCUUUCAAUGGUUUUAUACUGCAGGAGAUCAUUGUGGAUUUUCCAACUUCCCUACCUUUGGUCUUAAAGCAUAUAAAAAUAAGUUUUACUUUGACUUCUCGGCAACAUAUGUUGGAGUUGGAAUGAUUUGUCCAUAUAUUGUCAAUGUAUCGGUGUUGCUUGGAGGAAUUCUUUCGUGGGGUAUAAUGUGGCCUCUGAUAGAAAACAAAAGGGGUGACUGGUAUCCUGCAGAACUCGAGACAAGUGACAUACAUGGCCUUCAAGGUUACAGAGUUUUUAUUGCCAUCGCCAUGAUCUUGGGUGAUGGUUUAUACAACUUCUUCAAGGUGCUAACCAGGACUCUGGUUGCCUUACUUUUCCAACUUCGAGGUCGAGGUACAAGGAACAGUCUUUCUGUUUCCGACCAUCCUUCUCCCAAGAGCUCUAAGCUCUCUUAUGAUGACCAACGCCGGACUCGGCUCUUUCUGAAAGAUCAGAUUCCGGCGUGGUUUGCUAUUUCAGGCUAUGUUGCAAUUGCUGCUGUUUCUACUGCCACUCUUCCACACAUCUUUCACCAGCUUAAAUGGUAUUACAUACUGGUCAUCUACAUCUUUGCACCAACCUUAGCGUUCUGUAAUGCAUAUGGGUGUGGGCUCACGGAUUGGUCUCUUGCAUCCACCUAUGGGAAGCUUGCUAUUUUUACAAUUGGCGCAUGGGCUGGAGCCUCACAUGGUGGUGUAAUUGCAGGACUUGCUGCUUGUGGAGUCAUGAUGAACAUUGUCUCUACGGCCUCUGACCUAACUCAGGAUUUUAAGACUGGUUACUUAACCCUGUCUUCACCACGUUCGAUGUUUGUGAGCCAAGUAAUUGGCACCGCAAUGGGUUGCAUAAUUUCUCCUUGCGUGUUUUGGCUAUUCUAUAAAGCCUUUGAUGAUCUUGGGCAGCCGGGAAGUGAAUAUCCGUCUCCAAAUGCUGUUAUUUACAGAAACAUGGCUAUAUUAGGGGUACAAGGGUUUUCGGCUCUGCCCAAGGAAUGUCUCUUGCUUUGUUAUAUAUUUUUCGGUACAGCCAUUCUGAUAAACUUGAUCAAAGACACAUUGGCUAAGCGUUGGGCAAGAUUCAUUCCUCUGCCGAUGGCAAUGGCUAUACCUUUCUAUUUGGGGCCGUACUUUGCUAUUGACAUGUGCGUAGGAAGCUUCAUUCUAUUUGUGUGGGAAAGGAUCAGCAAGACCAAGGCAGACGCCUUCGGCCCUGCAGUAGCUUCUGGUUUGAUUUGUGGGGAAGGAAUAUGGACUCUGCCUAGUUCAAUACUUGCUCUCGCCGGAGUUAAGCCUCCCAUUUGUAUGAAGUUUUUGUCAGGGGGAACAAAUAACAGGGUCGACACCUUCUUACGAUCAUGAGAUCGAAUAUCUAGCUCUUGUGAUGCUCUUGAGACUUUGGAUUGUCAAGUGUACAUGUUUUUGGUAAUGUGGUGGCAAAUGGAUACGAAUGGUAAAGACUAUAAGGCGAAAUGCACAUCCUUAUAUCUACUCUUUAUUAAUGCAUCAAAUUCUUUUUAGAUAUAUAGAACUGUAAGAUUUCUCAACAUUCACUGUUACAUCCCGGGUAAACUCGGGUAAGGUUUUGGUUCGGUUUGAUUUAGUAAAAUUUUAAACUAAAGCA